AUGACUUUGCAACAUGGUUUGCAGCAGCACACAGUUUUACGUACACAACAGCAUGGACCACAGCAACAGUCACAGCAAGGGUCGCAGCAAGAGCAACAACAAGGAUCACAGCAUGAACUACAGCACGAACCACAACCGCAGCCACAACCACAACCACAACCACAACCACAACCACAUCCGCAACCGCAACCACAUCCACAGCCUGGCAUAUUAAUAGUAAUAAUGUAG